CCGUGAAUACGGGAUGAGGCCGCGGGCCUUGUCAUGCGGGCCCGGCGGGCGGCGGGGAGCGGCGCGCGGGCCGCAAGAUGGCGACUGCCAUGUACCUGGAGCACUACCUGGACAGUAUUGAGAAUCUGCCGUGCGAGCUGCAGAGGAACUUCCAGCUGAUGCGGGAGCUGGAUCAGAGGACGGAAGACAAGAAAGCAGAGAUUGACAGCCUGGCAGCAGCUUACAUUGAGUCUGUGAAGAACAUGGUACCUGAGGAGAGGGUGGAGCACCUGAGGAAGAUCCAGAGUGCCUACAGCAAGUGCAAGGAGUACAGUGAUGACAAAGUGCAGCUGGCCAUGCAGACCUAUGAGAUGGUGGAUAAGCACAUCCGCCGGCUGGAUGCGGACCUGGCGCGCUUUGAAGCUGAUCUCAAAGAUAAACUGGAAGGCAGCGACUUUGAAACCCCUGCAUCCAGGAGCCUGAAAAAGGGACGAAGUCAGAAAGACAAAAGAAGCUCUCGUGGUCGAGGCAGGAGAACAUCUGAAGAAGAUACACCAAAGAAAAAGAAACUCAAAGGAGGGUCUGAGUUUGCUGACACCAUCCUGUCAGUGCAUCCCUCAGACGUCCUGGACAUGCCAGUGGAUCCCAACGAGCCCACCUACUGCCUGUGUCACCAGGUGUCCUAUGGAGAGAUGAUUGGCUGUGAUAACCCAGAUUGCCCAAUCGAGUGGUUCCACUUUGCAUGUGUGGACCUGACCACCAAACCAAAAGGGAAAUGGUUUUGUCCUCGUUGUGUUCAGGAAAGAAAGAAAAAGAAGUAAGGAGUAGAGGGGGAUACAGCGCCGAGGCAAGAAGAAUUUAAUAUAUUCCUUCAUUCAUGUUGCAAUAUUACCUUUGAUUCUUUUUUGUUAGUCUAUCCUCCAUCUUUUUCUGGUAUGAUAUUUAAUUAUCCAGUGGCCAGUUGAAAUUCCUGUUCUUUCCUAAGACAAUGACUUUGGGAGGGAGUCCCAAAUCCCUUUGCCACGGAGAUUUUAUUUAUGUUAGUCUUGCACAAUAAUACUGAGGGAGGAUGUUGCCUUUUCUGGCUGUUUCGAUUUCCCUGAAGAUUCUUUGAGUACAUCACUGUGAAGAUGAAACCUGCAGUAUUCUUGGAGAGAAAAGGUUGGAUUUAUUCACCAAAUAAGAUGAAGGCCUGAAUUGUUAGCUGUGAUUGCCUGUGUGGCACAUGGGUAAAUCAGGUUUUAGGGAAAGGCUCCAUGAGGAUAUUUGUCUGUUCCCAUGAUGGAGUGGCUCUGCUGUUGAAGAAGGCCAUCAGGAAUGUUCUAUUAGAACUUCUUGUCCUUUUUUUUAAUUGGCCACAUUUGCAUGUUCUUGACUUCUCUAGCUGCCUUUCAGAUGAUGAAUGUGAAUCCUUGCAUUAGCACAGUGUCAGUGGCUGCAGCAGAAGAGAGAGAGGAAAUCAGGAGCUGGAAAGCAAAAGUCUGUGUUUUCCUUCCUCUGAGAUACAGAGGUUGAGGGAAGAGCAGAGAUAAGUCUUGGUUUUGUAUCUGUCUCCUGCAUCAUGAGGCUUCCCUGCCUUCAGUGAAAGAUGUAGUGGGGAAGGUAUUCCAGGUUUCCUUCCUGCUGAUGAAAGGAGGAAAAAAAAGCCCCAAACUCAUGAACUUUGCUGGCUCUGGUCCCCAGUGGGUGUUGGUGGCAGCUCUGUGCAGGGCUGUGUGCUGCUUUCCAUACCAGUGUGCAGGAGCUCUUGGUACAGGCUGCUGGAAAGGCACCAAGAAACUCCCAGAUAAAUUUUUCUUCUGCUGAAAAAACAGCACAGAAGGUUAAAAACACUUCUACUCAGAUUCUGGCACCUGCUUCCAAAAGAAAGAAGGCUUUUCCUGUUACACUGAGCCUCUUACUCAUGUUUUGCAAUGAAGGAAAGUAGAACACAGCUCCUGCCACCUCUCCUUCCCUCUGUGGGGCUUUGUGCCUGCUGCUGUAGAAGAAACUUCUCAAUUGUGAGGCAGCUUUUCUGUGAAUAUUGAUUUAUGGCAGGAAAAAAUGAUGGAUUUUAGGCAAAAAUCCCUGUCUUCAGGGUGCUGUCAUUUCCAGUGGGAUGUUGCAGGUGUCUUUACUGCAUUGUAUCACAGAGAGAUGAAAUUCUCACAGUUGUGUGCAUGAAAAUGCACAUU